AUGGUUAAGAAUUCCAUUAAUUCUAUUCGGGGUGUUAUUGUAUAUGUGAGGAGUUCUUCGGAAAGAUCUAAAUUGUUUGAUGAUUGUGUUUUAAAAUCAAAAGUUUCAUGUAAAGGGUCAGUAUCUCUUGAUGUACCAACACGGUGGAACUCCACUUACAUUAUGUUAGAUACGGCUCUUAAGUUUGAGAAAGCGUUUAAAAGAAUGAAACAAGAAGAUCCCCAAAUUGAGAAAGAUCUUAAAGACAAGUUUCCCUCUCAAAAAGAUUGGGAUAAUGCUACAGCUUUAUCACUUUGUUUUAAACAAUUUUUUGAUGCCACAAAAAGGAUGUCUGGCACUUUGUAUGUCACAGCCAAUAUGCAUUAUCAUGAGAUCUUGGGUGUAUUAGCUUCUUUGUUGGAGUGGAAACAAGAUAUGGAUCCUAAUAUUAAAUUGGUGACACUGUUGAUGUUACAAUUGGUCGAAAAUCAUAAUAAAUAUUUGCUUUUUGAGGCUGUUUGCUGUUGGACUAUUUGUUGUUGGGCUUUUACAGGUUUGCUGUUAAAUGUUGCUGGUGGGCUGUUUGCUAUUAGGCUGUCACAGAUAUGCUGUUGGGUUGAUGCAGACUUGCAGAAUUGUUGUUGAGAGCAUGUUAUGACUUUUGUUUGUUGUUGAAAUGUUUAUUUUGAUAACUUUUGUGUUGUUGAGUGUUAACUGGUAACUAUUAAAGACUUGCUAGACUUGAUGUUGA